AUGGCUGGUCAUUUAUUGUCGCAUUGAUGUAAAUCAAAAGUCAGCGCCAAACUAGCUGAAACAAUAAGGGCUAUAUGACAAGUGAAGCAUGCCUUGUCCUGAUUGGUGCAAGUUGAAAACGCGCGAUAUCCUGUUUCCUGUUUCAGUAGUUUUGCGCGCUUUUCAGUUAAUGGCCACCAAUUUGUUGAUUCGCGGGCUGAAAUUGCGAUUAUUAAUCUGGCCACAUCCUGAAAGAGAACCACUCAAAAGGGCAAUAUCACCAUGAGGAAAGCAAGGACGCGGAUUGACCUGCUAAAGGCUGUCAGGUAUGGUGUAACUUUCAGCCCAAAGAAUGGCCUAAAAGUUAAAGUGGUUGAUGCCAGUUGCGAAGGUGACUUUAUCCGGCCUCGGUCACCGGGAGAUACACUUGAGCUGGUUAUGUUUGUUGGUGAUUUUAAUGAAGCAAUGCGCAAAGAGCGGGAAAUGUGUUUGCAGGAUUGUCAGCUCAAAUUUGCAGAAGCAAGAAAGGCAUAUAUUAAUCAGAAGGCUAGUGAUCUGAUGCAAGCAAGAAAAGUAUUAUUGAAAUCUGCACCCCGAGAUGAUUGUGAGCAUAGUAGCCGGCGAGCACGUCUAUUAGCUGUAGGACCAAAAGUAGGCAAGGUGGAGUGCAUGGCUGAAGGGGCUGGUGAAGUCAGAGAAAGUGGUGAGUGUGUUUCCAAUGUGUUAAAUUGCAUCCUGGAUUUUUAAGGAAUAUUUUUCGACUCUUGGCUUGCUGUAUCAGUGCUAUUAAAAGUCCUUGGCUGUUGGCAGCCCGCAUGACACACGUGUCUCGCCUGUAGUAUCAGCCGGGUUGAGAAAAUUGUUGUAUUUAUUGUUUGCAACCUGUCUAACUGUUCUUAUUUUCAGUUCCCUGUUUUGAGAGGCAGGCGCCGGCCAUGCAAACUGCCUUGAGAAGUGCCAAGUCUGCUGAGAACGACGAGAAGGACGUUGAAAGGUGUGCAGGGCCGUCUGCAAAGCAAGACGGAGAGGCUGAAAGCUGGGCUGAAGGGGCUGGUGAAGUCAGAG